AUGGCCAAUAGGAACAUGGCAUGGAAACUUUUCUUCUCCGAACCCUACAAUUCAGUCACAGGUCAGAUUAGGUUCUCCAUCUUCUCGAUCCCGCCUUUCCUUUUGCAUUUACUGGAUAAAAAAUUCAACGGCGUGAUGUUGGGUGUUCUAAGGCGGAAAGCGGCUGCAAGCGCCUCGUCUGCAACGGUUUACAAGAAAUCGUUGUCUAAACUCAAACCAACAGUAUCUACGCCACGGACAUGCUCAGCUGCUGCAGAAGAGAUCAUACCUUUCACAAGGGGUCUUGGCAAUGCUCGGUCGUUUUCUGCCAUGACUGGACGAACAAUCACAAGGGGUCUUGGCAAUGCUCGGUCUUUUUCUGCCAUGACUGGACGAACAAUGUCUCUGAUGCCAAAGAGGAAGUUUGUACACCCUGUUCAACAAGAUGUAAACUUGCAAAUUUGGAGCAGGCCAUUCAGUUCUGAUUCUGGUGAUAUUGUUGAAGCUGUUGUCCCUUUUAUGGGUGAAUCUAUAACUGAUGGCACGUUGGCUACAUUCCUGAAAAAACCUGGGGAUAGAGUAGCAGUUGAUGAGCCGAUUGCUCAGGUUGAAACAGAUAAGGUCACCAUUGAUGUCAAUAGUCCUGAAGCUGGAGUCAUCCAAAAGUUUAUAGCUAAUGAAGGAGACACUGUAGAGCCUGGUACCAAGGUUGCUAUCAUAUCAAGAUCUGGUGAAGGUGCAACACACGUUGCACCUUCUGAUGAAAAACCAUCUGGAAAAGCUCCUCAACCACCUUCUUCCACUGAAGAGAAAAAGGAGAAACCAGUGCCUAAAGUCGAUGCAAUCCCCGUCGUAGAGAAACCUAAAGGGACCCCUCCCCCUUCUCCAAAAACCUCAGCCACAGAACCCCAGCUGCCUCCUAAAGAAAGGGAAAGACGAGUGCCUAUGACAAGGCUUAGGAAAAGGGUUGCCACACGCUUGAAGGAUUCUCAGAACACAUUUGCAUUGCUGACAACAUUUAAUGAAGUUGACAUGACUAAUUUAAUGAAACUUCGCUCUGAUUACAAGGACACAUUUUUUGAAAAGCAUGGAGUGAAACUGGGACUGAUGUCUGGAUUCGUGAAGGCAGCCAUUAGUGCUCUACAGAAGCAGCCAAUAGUGAAUGCUGUUAUUGAUGGCGAUGACAUAAUUUACAGGGACUACGUAGACAUUAGCAUCGCUGGUCUUGUUGUUCCGGUUCUCCGUAAUGCUGAGAGGAUGAAUUUUGCCGAGGUUGAGAAGGAGAUCAACACCCUUGCUAAGAAGGCCAAUGAUGGCACUAUCUCCAUUGAUGAGAUGGCUGGGGGAACAUUUACCAUAUCUAAUGGUGGUGUUUAUGGAAGUCUUUUGAGUACUCCAAUCAUCAAUCCUCCCCAGUCCGCUAUACUAGGAAUGCACUCAAUCGUGAACCGGCCAAUGGUGGUUGGUGGUAACAUAGUUGCGAGACCCAUGAUGUACAUUGCUUUGACUUACGACCAUCGGCUGAUUGACGGCAGAGAGGCUGUGUUCUUCUUGAGAAGGAUCAAGGACGUGGUGGAAGAUCCUCGUAGGUUGCUCUUGGAUGUCUGAUAUUAUGCUCCAGCUGAAAAAUGGUAUGAUUAUGUUUUGCAUUUGGUUGAUAUGACUGAGUUUUUUGACGAGACCCCCUGAGAUUCAAGGGAGUUAGAAUAAAUGCACAAUAACUGAAAGUUUUGCGGAAUUUAUUUUUCGGCCUUCCUCUUUGGGGCUGCAAGUCAUGUUUCCUUCCUCUUGUGUUCGGCUUUGGAAUGAGAUUGUUUGAACACAACAACCAAACUAUUUGAUUUUCCUUUCCAGAACAUGUAAUUUUUUCUAGCGUGACUGCUUUGGAUUACUCGAAGAAAGAUUUACGUGUUUCAUUCCAGUGCAUUCUUCAUAUUUUUCUCUUCUAAAUAGACGUACUUGCAUUGCUGAGUGCGUGAACUUACACAUGUAGUUUUUGUAAGAAUACGUAUGGAGUUACCAAUCAGAUGUACCCGAAAAACUAUGCCUAACUAAUUGUUUUCUAUGUAUGGUAAUUUAAAUAACUACAGUUAUGGAUCAAAUGCAAAUAUUGGUUGCCCUCUAAGGUCGACUUAACCAUCAAACCCCUUAGAGCAUCUCCAAUGGUGAAAAUGGAAGUACUCUAAAUUGAUGACUUUCUGUCCACGUGGAUUGAAUGGAGUUUCAUGUUUCAUAAAUAACUCUCUGAUGGUGUAUUUCUAAAUGNUUUA